AACGAAUUCAGUUGCUCGCGACAAACGAAAGGAAGCUAACGAAGCGCCGUGCCAAGCGGAGUGUCAGCUGAGUCAGCUAGCAGAGCAGUGUUCAAAGAAAUUCAUGUUUGGUGAGCAAGAAAAAAAAAAACAAAAAAAAAAUAGUUGUAGCAUGCAACAACAACAGCAAGAAAUUUAUUAGCAACACUAGCAAAAGUGGAGUGAAGCAAACACAACAAGUAACAAAGGUAGCGAGAGUGUAGCAAAAACAAAAACAACAAAUAAAUAAACAAAAAUAAAGCAACAAGAAUAAAGCAGUUAGCGUAAAUAGCCAAAAUUAAUAAGCGAAAAUAAAACAACAACAACAACAAUGUACUUGCAAAAAUAAAGCAACAACAACAAUGUGUUUGCAAUAAUAAAACAACAACAAAUAUUAAAAAGCAACAACCAAAAUUUUCUUGCAAAAAUAAAACAACAACAAAAAUUCACUUGCAGAAAAAGCAACAACAAAAUUUUACUUACAAAAAUAAUACAACAACAACAAUUAACAAGCGAAAAUACAAUUAUAGCAGCAGCAAGCAAGCGAAUACAACAAGAACAACAACAUAGGUGCAGCAAAGAUACAUUACGUUGUCAAACAAUAUGGAGCUUGUUUCAAAAUCUAAUAUGAGCGCCUUAGAGGAUCGUUCUUCAAAAAGCAUGGAAAAAUUAAAAAUGCUGGAUAUAACACGGGAUCGACCAGUUAAAGUGGCAGUAAAGGUCGCGGUACCGGUGCGCGAUCAUCCAAAGUUCAAUUUCGUUGGCAAACUCUUGGGUCCCAAGGGCAAUUCUAUGAAGCGUCUUCAAGAGGAGACAAUGUGUAAAAUGGCUGUAUUAGGUCGUGGCUCGAUGCGUGAUCGUAAAAAGGAGGAGGAGUUGCGUGCCAGUGGCGACAGUCGUUAUGCCCAUCUCUUUGAAGAUUUGCACGUAGAAAUUUCCACAUUUGCAGCGCCCGCAGAAGCGCAUGCACGCAUAGCAUAUGCGCUAGCCGAAGUGCGAAGGUUCUUGGUGCCGGACUAUCACGACGACAUACGACAAGAGCAAAUGUGGGAAAUGCAAGCGUUGAGUUCCUCUACUUCGCUGACCUACACCGACGAUCAGCACAGUCCCAAUCGCGGUGGUGUCACCGAUAUGGAUACAUCGAAUGAUGAGAAGCUCGAGCUGGAACCGAAUGGUAUGGAAUGCAAUACACUGGAUAAGAACGAGGCACAACAGGUGAGUUUAAGCAAUGAACAGCAGCAACAACAACUGCAUCAACACCAACAACAGCAACAACAACAACGCAAUUUACAUCAUUUACUACACCAACCACCACCAACGUCGGCUCGUGGCCCCAACACGCCCGUCGCCACAGUAGCAACUCAUCAUCACACCAGUCUCUUGCCGACCAACACCGAUGGUCUCUGUCAGAAAGCGAGUGCCGGCAGCACAGCAACAGCUAUGAAUUCCUUCCCACUAGUACACCCAGCAGCUAUGUCGGUUGCAUUACAACACCAAUUGACCGCAGCCAGUAUUGGUAAUAUAUUGAAGCCAGCCGCACCGACGGCCGCUGGUGUGCCUACGGUGACUGAUUUGCAUACGGCAACACAACAGCCCAACCCAGCCAGCGGCAUAGCAUUGCCAACGGAGGCUGAAGCGCCCAUGGCAGCCACAUUGGGUUUGUUGGAUCCACCCACUGGUGCGUUGCUGCAUCCGGCGUUGCGCAGCGUCAAGGCAAUCAAUAUUGCGGGUGGCUUGGCCCGCAAGCGGCCACUAUUGGGUGUACCACGUUCUAGCAUGAAUCCAACUAAACGCACUGUAAUGACUUUACUAGCCAGAGCCAAGAACUCGCAGGCUUUGCAUGCGGUACGAAAUCCGAUUGCAGCAGCCACAGCGGCCCGAUUUGCUGAUCCCUUACAGAUGCUUACCUCCCCAUUUAUAUUGUCAUCGCAACCUAUGGAUCAGUCGAUGCUAACAUUUCCUAAGGAAAGUCUCGCACAAGGAGUCUAAGUCUAAUUCACACACACAAAAGACAAGGUAUUUUGAAAUAAAAAAAGUUGAUCCUUAUUGAGCCCGCCUCCACCUACACACCAAUGUAUUACAAUUAAGAAAUCACAAAAUACAAGAUUAAUAUUUAAUAUAUAAUAUAUAUAUAUAAAUAUAUAAAUAUAUAUUUAAAAACCAAAACUCGCCCAACGCAAAUAUAAAUUAAACUUAAAGCAAGAAAAUACAAAAACAAAACAUGAACUGUUAAAUUAAAAAUAAAGUAAAAAAUUAAAAUAAAAAUAAAAAUAAAAUAAAAAAAGCAAAUAAAUUAAUUAUACAGAUAUUUAUACAAUUAUACCUAAACUUAUCGGAAUGUUGAAAUUAACGACACAUUACGAGUAUUAUGAAGAAACACAUCUUUAGGGACUAACUGGCAACAUAAGUGUACACGACAAGUAACUUUGAAAACAAAAACAAAGCAAAAACAAAAACAAAAAACUUAAAAACGCAAUAUAUUUUAUUUACACAUAAAAACUAAACACUUAAACUAUAUUACUAAAAUCAAAGCAGAAAAACAAUUAUUAAAUAUAUAUAUAUACUAUACAUUAAGCAAAGCAAAAUAUAAGCGAAGUCUUAAAAUUAAUGAAAUUGAUAUAAAAAAAUAUCUUGACAUCGCAAAAAUUGUUUUAUUCUACAUAUUCACAUUAUGAAUGAAUUAAAAAUAAAAUUUAAUAACAAAAAAAACACAAACAACUUAUAUAUAUAUAUAAAAACAUUUAAAAGCUAAAGUAUUACUUAAAUAUAGUUAAUAAUAAACAUGGGAAAUUAAAUUAAGAUUUAAACAACAUUACAAUUUAAUGUGAGAAGAACUUUAAUGUGAGACAUAAACAGCAAACGAAAUUACUUUAAAGCAUUACUUUAAAACAUUACAAAUUUUUAAAGAAAUAUUAUAUAUUUAUAUUGUAUUAACAUAAUUUUUUACGAUUUUAGACUUGAAAACGCAAUUAGUUUCCAUGUUGCUAUGAAUGUGUGUACUAAAAGUAAUUAUAAAUAAUUAGUAUAAAUAGAUAUAUAUAUAUGUAUGUAUAAGUAUUUGUAUUAGUAGUGUACGUGCAUGCAAUAUACGCAGACUAAAUACAAACAUACAAACAUACAAACAGACAUACAAUAUGCAUAUAUACAACAAAGUUGAGCGAUGAUUUUGAGGCAUUGCUUCCGUGAGUGGGAGUGCAGCGCGUCCUUAGCCGCCCAUGGCAAUGGUUUCAAAGCAAUGCAAAGGGAAGCACCGAAAGGCUAACGAUUUACUGGCUAUUAUUCACACUGACUACCUUGAAGUGGCAGUAAAUGCAUAAAAGCAAAUAAUAAAAAUUAAAAUGGAAUUUAAUGAAUAAUAGUAAAUUUUAGUAAAUAUAAAAAUA